UGCAACUGCAACCGCCCCCUCCCCCUGGGCUGAAGUGGAAGGGGGUGACGGGGUUCCUUCCCCUGCAGCAGGCAGUUCCUGCCCCUGCCGUCUGUUCCCCCUCCGUCCCUCUCCGCCGGUGGACCCACGCCCUGCAUCCCACAUCCCACAUGGGCCGAAGGGUGGAAGGAUCGAUCCUGCCCGACCUUCUUUUAAGGGCAGCCCACCUGCCCUUGUCGCAGCCCAGGUUGUCCAUCUUCCACAACCAUCCCGCCCUUGCCUUUUCUCCUUCCCUCACGGUCGCCAGUCUCGACCACGCGUCAAUACGGCCUCCUCGACCCUGUGUCGGUCCCUGUCGUCAAGCACGCACCACUCCUUUCGCGUCUUUGAUAGAUCGCCGCUCUUUUUUCCCCUUGCAUCCAGCCGACUCCCUUGACUCUCAGUCACUGUUUUCCCGGCCUGGUAUCACCCGCACCGAAUCCAUAUUUAGAAGUCCUUCGAGACUCUUUCCGUGGCCCGUCUCCUUCACAUUCCUUUCACUUCAGCACUCACUCAAGGAUCUGCGCUGGCACCGCACCACCCUCCUUGACAACCCUCAAAGCGAACAAAGAAAGCGACAAAGCAACCAGUCCGCCGCCGCCACCAGACCGCAUCCGCUCCAAUACAUCGGUGCGAUAAGUACCGGGCGAGUCCGCAUCGAGCAGGGUCCAUCGUUGCUUCCGGAAUUUUGAUCGACUUUCUCCUCAAAACACACAUCACAAUGCUUCGCAAGAUGCAACUUUUCGCCUCGGCCCUGCUGGCCUCGGAGGCUGCCGCUCUCGUCGCCCACCACAGGCACGGCCACCAGCCCUACAAGCGGGACCUCGUCUACGCCCACACUGAGGUUGUUGUCGAGACCACCUGGGUGACCAAGACGGUCUACGACGACGACCCGGUUCCAACCACCACCCCCUCGGUCUUCAAGGCUGCCGUUCCUGCCAAGCCCACGACUUCCAGCUCCUCGGUGGCUCCUGCGCCCCCGCCGCCGCCUCCUGCGCCGCCGGCCCCCACCACUGCUGCAGCGCCUUCCCCGUCGCCCUCGCCGCCUCCGCCUCCGGCCCAGGUUCAGAUCGAGAACAAGCCCGAGGCCGUCAAGGCUCCUGAGCCCAAGUCCUCGGCGCCUGCACCUCCACCUCCACCUCCGCCUCCGCCUCCACCUGCAUCUGCCCCUACGCCCGCGACGCCUACUCCCCAGCCUCCUGCCAAGCCUACCGAGCCCAACACGGGCAACUCCAACUCGGGUAGCUCCAGCCCGGCUCCUGCUACUGGCGGCAAUAAGCGUGGUCUGUCAUACAACGAGGCCUCUCUCACGGCUCCCUUCCUCGGUUCCGGCAACAAGCUCAGCUGGGCUUACAACUGGGGCCAGCGCCCCGACGGCCUGAGCGCCGCCGGCAUUGACUACGUGCCCAUGCUCUGGGGACCCAUCGACAUGCACACCAACACCUGGAAGAAGAAUGCCGAGGACGCCCUCAACAAGGGCGCCAAGUCUCUGCUCUCGUUCAACGAGUGCGACUUCCCUUCGCAGUGCAACAAGUCCCCGGCCGAGGCUGCUGCCGCACACAUUCAGUGGAUGAACCCCUACGCUAGUCGCGCUUCCAUCUCGUCGCCUUCCAUCACCAACAGUAACAUUGCCGGCCAGGGUCUCGACUGGCUCCGCGCCUGGGUCCAGGCCUGCAACGGCCAGUGCAAGUUCGACUUUUGUGCUGCCCACUGGUACUCGCCGCCCAACCCGGCCGACCUGCUCGGCCACCUCGACAAGGUACACGAGAUCUGCCAGGGCAAGCCCGUGUGGCUUACCGAGUUCGCACCCAUCAGCGGCGACAAGGCCAAGUUCCUCGCCGACGUCAUGAAGGAGCUCGAUACCAACCCCAAGUACAGCUACGUUCAGCGCUACGCCUACUUUAUGGUCGGCGUGGGCGACGACAAGCUCAUGUCGAGCGCCUCGGCCCUCAACACGGUCGGCCAGACCUUUGCCUACCAGUAAAGGGGCUCCUCUUCAUUUCUUCAAGACCCGUUUUACCAACUCUUCUCGCAUUCGUUGUACUACCACCACUAGGGAUACUGGGAUUUUUUUCUUUUUUCAAACGAACAUGACGGCAAUUCAGGAUGUAAGGAGGGGCAUCUGGGAGGCAGACAAAAAUAUCCACCACGGGUUUUACGACUUCUCUUCAUCUUGUACAUAUUCACCCAGGAAGUGACGAUUUACUUCCCGAUACCCUUUGCGUCCUUUGGACCACUCUCCAGACGGAUCUUCUUUGGUUGGAAGUUCGGUUCAGCCUGCGUUGCAUUAUCGACCAAUUGAAGAUUUGAGAGCAAAAUGCCGAUUCCUUCUUCCAACGUGAUUAGCUGUCUAAGUAAGGGUGGCUUCAUCUACUG